AUAGAUGAAGUCCUCGUUACGUCUAUAAAGAGAAGAGGAGAAGGGAGCUCCUACGAAAGCAAAGGGAAGGUCUGUAGAACCUCUGGAAGGUGGUUAAUUCAAUCAGCUCCGUAGAGGAGGCUUUCUUCAUACAAAGCACCACUUUUUUGAGAAGAGGAAGCAGAAAGCAUCAUGGACCUUCAAUAACUACUGGUCUUAUCAUAGCAUUUCCUAAACCAUGAGCCCUCCCACUGACCACGGAGUCACGGGCCAUGUCGCCACCCUUGUCAUCGCAUCUCUCCUGGUUUUGUCGAUCACCUACUCAUGCUUGUCGCCAUCAACAGAAUCAAUGUCUUUCUUUCGACUCCAGCGCUCAUCAAAUGCAACAGAAGUUGUGCCUAAAGAUGAACUAGAAGCAGCUUUGGAGAGAGCUUCCAUGGUGAAUAAGACCGUGAUUAUUGCGGUUUUAAAUAAGGCAUAUGUGGAGGAGAAUGGCAUGCUAGAUCUCUUCCUUCAGAGCUUGCGGGAAGGGGAGGACACCGAGUUCUUGAUCGGACACUUCCUUUUUGUUGCAGUCGAUCAAACUGCCUUCAACAAGUGCAGGGCCCUGGAACUCCACUGCCACCAGCUCGACACAGAUGGUGCCGACUUCUCCAAAGAGGUGUUUUACAUGUCUGAGAAUUUCAUAAAUAUGAUGUGGCAAAGAACUCUCUUCCUUGGGGACAUUCUCCGUCGUGGGUACAGCUUCAUCUUCACUGAUAUGGACGUGAUGUGGCUGAGAAACCCAUUUGCCAAGUUAAGUUAUGAUGGAGAGGACAUGCAAAUAAGCUGUGACUUUUACAAUGGCCGGCCAUUGGAUGAUUCCAAUUUCAUUAACACUGGCUUCUACUUUGUGGCAUCAAACAACAGAACCAUUGCACUAUUUGAUGAAUGGCAUGCAUCAAGGAACAACUCUGCAGGCAUGAAAGAACAAGAUGUACUGGCUCGGAUGAAAUCUCAUGGUGUAUUUAGGCAGUUGGGCAUGAAAGUGAGAUUCUUAGACACAGCAUACUUUAGUGGGUUCUGUCAAGAUAGCAAGGAUUUCAGCAAAGUGACCACAGUGCAUGCAAAUUGUUGCUGUAGUGUGAAAGCCAAGCUCAUUGAUCUGAAAGCUGUCCUUGAAGCCUGGAAGACAUUUAAUGGCACAUCGAGAGUCACAUGGCCUGAACGCAAGGCAUGCACAGGGAAGACAAAUGCUGCCCGCAAAGAUAAGCUCGAAACAGCUUUACAGGAAGCUUCCAUGGCAAACAAGACCCUGAUAAUUGCCAUAAUAAACAAGAAAUAUGUGGAGAAGAAUGGCAUGCUAGACCUCUUCCUUCAAAGUUUACGAGAAGGGGAGGGCACCAAGUACUUGAUCAGACAUCUCCUUCUUGUGGCAGUGGAUCAGACAGCCUUCAACCGGUGCCAGCUCCUAAAACUCCAUUGCUACCAACUUGUCACAAAGGGCACUGAUUUCUCCAAAGAACAGUUUUACAUGUCUGAUGGCUUCAUCAAAAUGAUGUGGCAAAGAACUCUCCUCCUUGGGGACAUUCUCCGUCGUGGGUACAACUUCAUCUUCACAGAUAUGGACGUGAUGUGGCUGAGAAAUCCAUUUGCCAAGUUAAAUCAUGAUGGAGAAGACAUGCAAAUAAGUUGUGAUUUUUACAAUGGCCGGCCAUUGGAUGAUUCCAAUUUCAUUAACACUGGCUUCUACUUUGUGGCGUCAAACAACAGAACCAUUGCACUAUUUGAUGAAUGGUAUGCAUCAAGGAAUAACUCAGCAGGCAUGAAAGAACAAGAUGUGCUGGCUCAGAUGAAAUCUCAGGGUGCAUUUAGGCGGUUGGGCAUGAAAGUUAGGUUCUUAGACACAACAUACUUUAGUGGGUUCUGUCACGAUAGCAAGGAUUUCCGAAAAGUGACCACAGUACAUGCAAAUUGUUGCUGUGGUGUGAAAACCAAGCUCAUUGACCUGAAGGCUGUUCUUCAAGUCUGGAAGGAAUCCAAGGGCAUAUUGAAUGUCACAAUGCCUGAACACAAGGCAUGCACUGGGAAGAUAGAUAUUGCCUCCAAAGAUGAGCUAGAAACAACUUUACAGGAGGCUUCCAUGCCAAACAAGAACCUGAUCAUAGCAGUAUUAAACAAGGCAUACAUGGAGGAGAAUGGCAUGCUAGAUCUCUUCCUUCAGAGCUUGCGAGAAGGGGAGGACACCAAGUUCUUGAUCAGACACCUCCUUCUUGUAGCAGUUGAUCAGGCAGCCUUCAACCGGUGCAAGCUCCUAAAACUCCAUUGCUACAGGCUUGUCAUAAAGAGCACCGAUUUCUCCGGAGAGCUGAUGUACAUGAACGAUGGCUACAUCAAAAUGAUGUGGCAGAGAAUUGCCUUCCUCAGAGAUGUUCUAAAGCAUGGAUACAGCUUCAUUUUCACGGAUAUGGAUGUCAUGUGGCUGCGAAAUCCAUUCACAAAAAUGAACCACGAUGGAGAUGACCUGCAGAUAAGCUGUGAUGCAUACAAUGGUGAGCCACGGGAUGAUUCCAACCCCAUCAACACUGGCUUUUACUAUGUCGCCUCAAAUAACAAAACCAUUGCAUUAUUUGAUGCAUGGCAUGCAUCAAGUAUUAACUCAGCAGGCAUGAAAGACCAAGAUGUGUUGUCUACUAUGAAAUCUAAAGGUAUAUUUAAACAAUUGGGAUUGAAAGUGAGAUUCCUAGACACCCUGUACUUCAGUGGGUUCUGUCAAGACAGCAGGGAUUUUAAAGAAGUGACCACCGUGCAUGCAAAUUGCUGCCGCAGUGUGAAGGCAAAGCUUGCUGAUCUGACAGCCGUCCUCAAAGUUUGGAAGAGUUUUAAUGGCACAACAAUGGUCAGGUGGCCUGAACACAAGGCAUGUGCUGCAUCGUGGAUAGAAGACAUCAGAAUCUAGCUUCCACACUCAGCAUCCUGCUUCCUUUUUUUCCCUAAUACCGAACAUCUAGGAGCAUUGAUAUCAUAGGCAGGUACAAAUUCACUCUAAAGUUAUUUGGCAGUGAACAUACAAAAGAUUAGCAGUCUCCCAGUGUAGAGUUACUUCCAUUUUGUCCUUCAAUAGAGUUGAGUCUUUUGAAUCAUUAACUGCUUCAGGAAACAUAAUAAGGCAGCAUCAGCAUAUUUUUGCUGUCUUACUAUCUGCCUGGACUAAAAAGAAUCGCAUCUUGAAAAUCUCAGAUUUUUGUGCACGAAGCCGAAAUGACCGAGGUGCCUUGGACAUUUCCUAAAUUUUUUUUCAUGAGUGGGAAAAGAGCCCAGUUUGCCACUGAUUUAGCUUGUCAAAGGACAAAUUAACCUAACCGGCAAUCGUAAAGUAAUAUGAGUAGAUAUUAGUUGCAUGUGAACAAUGCAUGUGUUGCUUCAGACUGUAAAUUUAAACCUAUACCCAUCAAAGGUGUGCAGAAAAGGAUGAAGAUUUCAAAAUAGCAUUGUAGAGGCAUGCGAAAACAAAGUCCAAGAAUGGGAUAUUUUUCCUUUACAAUUCUUAGGGAAUUUGGGGCUCUACCAUGUGAAAGUUAACCUUUGUAAAGUACCCUAACUCAAAUUGGCAAUUACCCCUAUAGACUAGGAGGUAUUUGUUUAAUAUUGUGACAAAGGAUGUGAUCAGUAUAUUUAUGUACCAACCAACAAAAUCAUUGU